CCUCCAGGCGAAACGACUCGGCGCGUCCAGUUCCAGGAACCUCCGUCAAUCAGUCAAACCGGUCUACCAGACGUAAGCGCAUCCUUCGCCUUCCCGUCUCAACCGUUUUCGGCUCCGACCUCCAAGGAAGAGCGACGAUCCUCUGGCCCUCACCCCCGAGGCCAUUCUCGCGCUUUGCCCGACUCGUCCGCCGCUCAAGCCGUACGCGACGCCGUGUACCCGAACGGAGCGCCGCCGUCCGUAGCUCAACCGUCCCAAGCUAUUCCUUCAGCGUCCACGAACGCCGGCAUCUAUCAAGGAUACAGGGACCUUCCUCCUCAUCUCGCUCAACCUAACGUCGCUCCGCAAGCCUUUAAAGGGCCGAACGGUGAUCAUUACUAUGUCUAUCAACCCAACUCUGCCGGUUAUGCGACGUACGGAGGGAACCGCCCUCCUACGUCCCAUCUUCCGAAUCCUAACCCCUCUUCGCAAGGCCCCGGGAGCCCUGGUCCUCCCUCCAAUCACUCGCCUGGCUACCCCGGAGACGCGAACCCGGGCGGUGGCCCGCCAUUCGGAGGACUCCGGGCGGCGGAGGCGGCGACGGUGGAGGUGGCGGCGGUGGCGGUGGACCCGAUUACGACCCGUCCCCCUCCCGACGGAGGCUACUCCUACGGGUUCCUCCCCGGCAACCAGCCCACCAUCAUCAUACACCACUCUCCAGCCCCUCGCGAGCUAGGCGUACGCCUCGACCAGAAGAUUUCGCGCGACUCCAUACCGGAGUGGGACGGCCGGCUCCCUACUAUCUUGGUCUACCUCCAUAAGAUGAACAAUCUUGCCAAUAAGAAUGAAUACGUCGCCCGGGACCUAGGAGCCGCCGCUCCCGACCGCUUCACGGGUCGAGCUGAGAGCUGGUGGCAAAUGCUCGGCUUACAACAUCAACGACUUUAUUCCUCCAGCUGGUGGGCUCUGUACCAGGGUAUCAAGAUCCAAUUCUUUACCCACAAGUUCCUCAUGGCGCUCCGGACUCAUUACGACGGCCAACGAUUCCGCCAAGAAGGACAUGAGAAGGAGUCCCCAUUAAGCUUCAUUGAUCGACGCAUUCUCUAUCAUCGACACCUUACCCGCAUAGAGGAGACUCCUGAAGACGAGAUCGCCGCCAUAAUGCAGAACACUCCGCCAGCCUGGUCGACAGUUCUAUCCAUUGAUUCCAUAUUCACUAUCGCCGCCCUGAUGGCUAAAGUAGCUGACAAAACGGACGAGCUCAUAGCCUUCGCCGGCCUAGGUCUCGCGCGUUCCUCGCAGUACGAACAAGUUCUUCGACUACCGUCCUCCAAGACCGACUCACGUUUCGCGAGCAAGUCCAAGCGUGUACACGCAGCGGACGGCUUAGGAGGGGGCUUCGAUUUCGACGACGAGGGCGACCUCUCCGAGAACCAGACGAUUCCCAAUGGGCCCGGCGAGAGCGAUGUGGCCGCUCCGCUAACUCAUUCCCGAGACGUCGCUUCCGCCGCCUCUCAAGGCUCGUCCUCGAAUCCACGUCGAGGAGCUGGGCGGAAACCGCCUCGGGGUGGUCACCGCUUCCAGCGGGACGACUCCGUAAAAAGCAAACGUCCGCCACCUGGAGACUGCCGCGUGUGUAGUAGUCCAUUUCAUUGGGACAGGGACUGUCCUCACUGGAAUGAGUACGACGUCGGUCGCGGAGCCCUUCUCAUCGGCGCUGAAUACGACUGCGAUGAACAGGAGAACGAAGAAUACGAACAGGCUUUCGUAGCUUACAUCUGUAGUAGCUUGAACAAUACGAAACUUUCGAGCGCGUUGUGGGCGGACAUACGCCAGGCGGAAGGCCUCUACUUGAAAGCUACGGUAGCUUCUCGACGUCGUACGUAUCCCGUAUCCGUUGACGAGAUGGAAGAAGCCUCGUCUCCUCCAUCUGGAUCUCUCUCCCCGGAUCUUCCCUACCUCAUGGAAGCAGUGCACCCUAGUCCGUCCGAAGCUACCGACAAGCUAACCAACCUUAUGGCUGAAGCCCUAGCGGUCGACGGCUCAUGCCACGCCUACGUAGCUCGAGAGGCUUUUUCUGGCGCCUCGACGACUGAGAGCGGAACCGCCGCUCCUGUCGAUCCUGGGCCCGACCCCUCUAACAACCCGAAGGUUGUGACGCUUAGUCGAGUACGCGAUCCGCCAGCCGGGCACUCCACUGUAGGAGUCGCAGCUCUAUCAUUCCAACUGCGGUUCGGCAGCCUCUCACACGACCCGGUUCAAUGUCGCGCGGAUUCGGGUGCAGACAUCUCGUUAGUCUCCCAGGAGUACCUGGACUCGCUGCCCCUCGCAACACGCUGUGGGGCAGGCCCACAUGGGAACAGCGGUACGAGCCCGGAACGACACACGCACUCAGGCCCGGGCAAUGCGGAGCGAAGCGACAUCCAUUGGCGGAAGGACGACUCGGCGGAAGGACAACCAAUAUAA